UGACAAGCUCUUUAUUGAAAGGUUUUUUGUGAAGCGUUGCACGUGUAAUAAGAAUAAUGCUUGUUUAAAUUAUUAGCGCAUUUUUCCUAUUAGUACAUUACAUGCAAGCCUAUUUUUCGAUUUGUCAUCCAAUAAACUGCGUGUUCUAAAAAAAUUAAAUAAAAUAGAAACGCAUCAAAAUAAUCAUUACCUUCCAAAACCUUGUUAUUUCGCAACUUUUACUCUUGGACGCGCAACUUAACAUUAGAGGAAAAUGCUGCAUUUAAUGUCAUCGUUUUUCUACAUAUUCUUCACUUCGUGUGCAACAAUUCAGGUUCUGUUCUUGUGCGGAAAGAAAAAGAAAGGCGGUAGCAAGUUGGAAAACUCGGAAGCAAGCACAAAAAGUGGAAAAACUGGAAAAAGUGAUAAGGGCGAAAGCUCACCGACUCCAGCAUCAAAAGAUGCCCCACCAGCUCCUGCUGCUCCAAAUGCAAAACCUACAAUGGCGGCCACGCACGAUCCAAAUUACCAAACACUUGCUGGACUCAACGACAAUGUUUUCGAAAAGAAAGAUGGCGGAGCAGGAGGUGUAGGACCAGCUCCACCAGCAAAUGCAAAACCCGGAAUGGCAGCAACCCACGACCCGAACUAUCAAACAUUGGCUGGAUUGAAUAACAACGUAUUUGGAAAGAAGGAUGGUGCUGCUCCAGCUGCAGGUGGUGGAGGUCCAGCUGCUCCAGCUGAUCAGAAUGCAAAAGCAGCUACUCACGAUCCGAAUUAUCAGACAUUGGCUGGAUUGAAUAAUAAUGUUUUUGAUAAGAAGGAUGGUGGAGGUGCUCCUGCUGCAACACCUGGUGGACCAAAAGCUCCUGCAAAUAUCGGUGCAAAAGCAGCAACACAUGAUCCAAACUACCAAACGCUGGCUGGUCUUAAUAACAAUGUUUUUGAUAAAAAGGAUGGUGGAGGAGCUGGUGGAGCACCUGCCGGAGGAAAGAAACCACUUCAGCCAAUGAACAAAAAUCAAAAAGCUGCUACAUUGGAUCCAAAUUAUCAGACAUUGGCAGCAGUUGGCGGAGAUGUUUUUGGAGCUGAUAAGAAGGUUGGAGGAGCUGGUGCACCUGGAGGAAAGAAACCAAUUCAACCGAAUAAUAAGGGUCAAAAGGCAGCAACCAUGGAUCCAAACUACCAGACAUUGGCAGUUGUUGGCGGAGAUGUGUUCGGAGCUGACAAGAAGAAAAAAUAGAAGAUCAAUUACUUGUACAUUUCCAAUAAAUACGUCAGAUCAUU